AUGUCCAACCCUGCCCUGGAGAUUUCGGAAACUAUUCAGGCGGCGCAUAUCCGCUCGAAUCCUUCUCCGACUCACGAUAUCAACCCCUCUACCGCGGCCUCGGAGAAACAGCCCGUUGUUGUUGGCCCUGCUUCCGACGCUGGCAGCCUCCCAUCGGACUUUGUUGACCCCAGCCGGGUCAUUCGUCCUGUCCGCCGCCGUCAGACGCUUCCUCCCCUACCGGAUCUUCGUUUUGAGCAGAGUUACCUUGCCAGUAUCAAGGACGCCGAUACCUGGGGCCGCGUGGCGUGGAUCACUGUCCGUGACCAGGUUCUCCUCCCUCUCAUCCAAGGCACCGUCUGGACUCUCGCGCUCUCGGGGUGGCGUUUCUGGAACCGCAACGCCUCGCUCAGCGGCCAAACUGUCGGCAGCCGAAUCCGCAGGUGGUGGUAUGAUGUCAACAACUGGAAGCUGCCUCCUAUGAAAUGGACCAAGGAUCCUAAGCUGGAACUAACGGCGCCGGAGUUCUUGCAGUUUUACGAGGCUCAAUUUUCCAACGCGGGGUCCGAUUGA